AGCUGUUUACAGAAAAAGAACAAAUUUUAUGGACAAGUUUUAUAAAAAUUCUAAUCACAAUCAAUAACGUUGUACCUUUACAUCAUUAAUUUUAUAUUUUGUAUAACAUUAUGCUUCGUCUUUUUCGUUUGUGACUUCAUGUUCAUGAUAUUCUUGAUGACAAAACAUAUGACAUGAAAUCAAAAAAUUGUUAACCUCCUUAAUUUUAAGUCGGUUAUAAAGAAAGCUAUUGUCAGAAAGUAGAAAUGUCAACAACAAAUAUCUAAAUCUUUUAUUUCCAUUUUUGCAACUCCCGACCAAUAUUUUCUGGAAAUAUUACUGAUAUCUAACACUAAAGGAACCUAUAACACAAAUGCAAUGAAAAAAAUUGGAAAAAUGCAAUUUUGAUGAGGAAAUCAACUUAACCAAAAAAAUGGCUGAUGUAAAACAUUUAAUAAAUGAAUGGUUGACUGAAUACGCGUCAUUACAAGACCAUGAAAUAAAAAGCUUUGCAGCAGAACAUGAACACAAUCACGAAAUAGCAACGGCAAUAUUCAAUCUACUGUACAACGAAGACGAGGCAGAAGGAAAUGCAUCAAAAUCUAAUGUUGAUCCACAGUAUGAACAGCUGUUAGAAAGUGUCUGCACCCAACUGUUUAGCUUCUACAGGUCAAAAGAAGUGGAGCUCCAAAGAUUCACUCUGCAGUUUGUCCCAACCCUUAUUUACACCUAUUUAAGUUCUGUAGCACAAACCAGCAAAAAGACCUACAGAUGCAUUGAAACUCUACUUAUUGGUUUAUACAAUUAUGAAGUGGUAGAUGAAACUGGAAAACCAAAAGUUGUUUCCUUCAGGUUGCCAUCUUUAGCUCAAGCAUCUAUUUAUCAUGAGCCAUUGUCUCUAGGGCCACAGUUUCUGACAGAGAGUGCAUUGCGCAGAUGGGAAGAAUGUAAUACUAAACUAGUGAGUUGGGGCCCCCUGCCCCAAGUGGAAAUGAUUGAUGCCGAGAAUAGACUAAAUGUCAUGGCCGCGCUUUUAUUCAUAUACAACCGCCAAAUCAGUGUUCUACCUAAACUUGCACUCAGAAACUUUUGUAUUGCAACCUCCAGAAUGGUCACCCAAGGAUUCCAAAAAAAAGCACCAGGCACCAAAUCUAUACAAAGGAUACCAAUGUCUGCAAGCUUUAUGUUAGAGUUGAUCCAGGGCAUAUAUUUUGCCAUGUUCAAUGAGUUUUACACUUUGGCCCUGCAAGCUAUAAAAGACAUAGAUAUGAGAGCGCAAUAUGAAUUGCUUCCAGAAGUAAUGCUAGUUACUAGUGCUGUGAUAAAUUCUUUGAAAAAUAGUUCUACAGGUCAACCAUGUGAUGGGCCACUAGGCAUUAGUGUGGCAUUAUCCCCAGCUACAACUUCAGUUACCAUGUCCAAAUCAAUGAUCACAAAUGCCUCAUUUCGUACUAAGAAAUUACCAGAUGACAUUCCAAUACAAGCUGGCCAAGUGGUGCCGUCCGACGGCGCGGACAUGCUCACCUCCAUCACGGAGGAGGGCGAGACGGACUCCACGCCAAUGCAGCGCGGCGGCGGCGCGCGCAGCUCCAAGUCCAAACUCGGCUCAUUCCCCGUCCUCGGAAAAAAAUCCAAAGAAGGAAAAGACAAAGCAUCUACCAGCGAGAAAAAGGUUACCUUGAAGGAUUCUUCGAAAGGUUUAUGGAACUCCUUGAGUGGUGGCGGUGGCGAUAUGGUAGACGCGCAAAAAACCAGCGGCACGGACAGCUCGAUCGAAGCUAAUGGUAGUAUUAAAGACGAAAAGAUAUCGAUGACGUCAGUUCUAAACAGUACGGAGAACUCGGACUCCCGGUCGCAAGUGACGUCCGACUCCCUCGACAUAGAGACGACGCCUCGUUUUACCGCCAUGCAAGUCAGUUCCGUAUAAUUUAUCUAAGGCUUCCAGUUUCUCGUUGUUACGUGCUGUACGGUGAAUGUUACUAGUCUACAAAGAUAUUCUGUUGAAUGGUGGUAGAAUGAUUUAUGGUAAUUUUAGCAAAUUAAUGGUUAUGGUUCAAGAUGAAGUAUGUACUUAUCAUGUGAGUUUUAGAGUGGUACUGGAUAUGAAUUAACCCAGUUGAAUCUGAAUUUUCUCUUUGUUUUUAUACAAUUUAACGGCAACAAUUCUAGUGUUUCCGCUGCGACACCGGCAGUGUUCAGCUGAUCGCCGGGUUCAUUACAUUGCACUAAUUAAAUCUUAUUUAUAAUAAAUUACUGCCGUAAAAACAACAAUAUAAAUAAUCCUCACAAAACCGAGAUACCUUACUUUUUGCUUACAUAUUAUAAAAAUAUUUAUGAUGAGUACCUACAUGUUACUAGGAAAAAUUAACGAUGUUGUUGUUUUAAUUUAUAACAAAGUUUAACUUGAUUAAAGAUAUCUUCAUACUGUUCCAA